ACCCAAUACCCGUCGUCCAACCGCGACGACUGAGGAGGCUUCACGUCGAGGAGCCCAUGAGGAGAGCCUAUACCAUGGGGCGAUCACUCGCGGCAGAAGCCCUGGUCACGAUCCUGCUGCUCGCGGGCAUCCUUGGUGAAACCGGUGCCCUGCGGUGUCCGGGCGUCACCAUAGUGUCCCGCAAGGAUUGGGGAGCACGGCGUCCGAGAUUACAGGUGGCCAUGAGGAAUCCUCGGGCGCAAUACGUCUUCAUACACCACACCACAGGACCCCAGUGCAAGGACAAGAGUAGUUGUAGCAGACUCAUACGAAGUCACCAGAACCACCAUAUGAAUGCCAACCGCUGGCCAGACAUAGGCUACAACUUCCUCGUGGGAGGUGACGGCCGCAUCUACGAGGGCCGCGGCUUCGGACGUGAGGGAGCCCAUACUCGGGGUUACAAUCAAAUCGGCAUCGCCAUCUCCUUCUUGGAAGACUUCAAACGGGCCAUACCAAGCCUUAGGAUGCGAUGGGCGGUCAAGAGGCUGAUCGCCUGCGGCGUCAGACAGGGUAAGAUCGACAAAAGAUACACCCUGCGCGGUCACCGCGACGCCAACUGUACCAGCUGCCCAGGCAACUUGCUCUACGCUAUCAUCAAGAAAUGGGCUCACUUCAAGGGCAGGCUUAAGAGGUUCUUCUGCUAGCGGCCAAAGAUCCACAAGAUAACAAUAAAUCUGU